AAAAUUGUUGCCUGUUUUAUGGGCUAACUCUACACAAGUAUUAUUUUCAGUCGGUUAUCAAAUAGUUUGGAGAGGAUACUGAUAAAAAACCGCUUAGAUUCUGUCAACCCGAAAGCUUCAGAGUAUUCCUUUGAAAAAAUGAAGUAUAAAAAGGUAUCCCUUCCUUUUGACGAAGAUUUUAUAAGUUCAAUUCAAGACCCUAACAAACCUACUGUAGUCGUUUCUAUAUUUGGAAAAUCUUCAGUUAUUUCAAAAUCGUGUAAAGCUCAAUUUGUUAACAAUAUCUACGACCGUGCUUUAUUUAAUUCAUCUUUAGUAAAAAGCCCUACAGUAAAUGUCAAAAAUCAGACAACUAUUGAAUGUUUUUAUGACGAACCUGGCAAAGUCGUUUACCUUCAUCUAAUUGGUAUAUUUGAUACCCAUGUACUUGUUCAGAAUAUCGAAGAGUUAUCAACGGAAAUUGAAGAAAAGGGUUUUUUAAGAGUAUGGUCUACACUUAAAUACAAUUAUGCGUGUUCAUUAUUAUUUUUAUUCAGUAUAUCUCACAUUCUUAUACUUACACAUCCAGUUCCUAUAUUCGACACUAGUUACUUAAGUUAUUUUAAAGCUCUUGAUUGUUCCAGAUUGAAGUUUCUCAGCAUUAUUAAAUCUGUUCUAUUAAAAGUACAAAAUGUAUCACCUAAUUGGAUUGAGAAUACUAGAUUUUGUUCACCAAGACUACUGUUUUAUUAUGAAACAUGUCCAGCAGAAUUUAAAAAAAACAAACAAGAUACAGGACCAUGCCAUCCAGGUUUAAAAAAAGCUGAACAUUCCUUAGAAGACCAAAUAUAUAGUAUUCUUCGAAAAAAAAGGAUCAUUUCAAAUAUAAGCACCAAUUCAUUGUUUGCCAUUCCUGCUAACCAAGAAUAUGUGUUUAUGAAUGAUUCGCCUGAUAGUGUUUUAGAUUGGAAUGAAUUUUUUACUAAUUCAUUGAUAACUAUUUGUAAUAGUUCAUCUGUUGUAAUUAAAGAUAAAUUUCAAGACUGUGAAAUUGAUGAAGUAAUGGAACCAGAUUUUUUUAUCAAAUCACACACUUUUAAAAAGUUUUUGUAUGAUCAUAUUGAAGUAGCAUUUAAAAAAGGAUUUGAUGAUAACAUUGGCAGGCAUGCUACAACGACAAACAAUUAUUUUGAGGCACCUGCUAUUGGUAUGUGGUGUGAAGUAGCAAAUAAGAUGUACAAUUUAUUUGUUUUGGGCGAGGAUCUUGAUGAGGAUGCUAAUAUAGCAUUUGAGUCCAUGAAAUCAUUGUUAGAUAUUGAUACUAAUUUUAGCGAAAGACGAUGUCAAAAGGUCCAACCUAUUGCUAUGGCAGCUUAUCAAGACAAUUUACCGUCACAUUACAACAGAAAUUAUCACGAUACCAAAGUAGCCCAAGCACUUUCUGUGUUUGCUCUUCACGCUAGAGGACCACUGCUUGAUGACUAUAUACAAAUUCUAGUCCAAGAUUGUGAUAAAAUAUGGCAAUCGGGUCGUCAGAUGUGUGAAACAUUGUCCUUAACAGGAAACCCUUGUACACAACCUUUACAUAAAGGUGGUACUGUUGAUGGACCAAAUAAGGAACCAGAACAAGAUGACAACCCAAUUAAUCGAGACGAGUUAUUCACUAUGGAACACUCGAGCAGCGUCGUGUAUUUGUCAGCAUGUAACUGUGGUCAUAAACAAGGCACGCGUGAAGAUCCAUUCACAAUUAGAGCAGCCAACUACGAUUUUUAUCAGUUAAUGGCUAAUGACUGUGUUUGUGGCUGUUUGGAUCAAAUCAAUUUCCCUGUAUUUCAACCCAGCACCCAAGAUUAUAGAGCGGCACAAUUAUUUGCAAAACCUCCUGUAAUUGCUGGCAGAAAAAACAGCGCAGGGUUGUUACAUACACCUACCCAACUGGGUCAUACAGAAGGGCUCAGCUUAGGAGGAGUUUUUACUAGUUGUCAUUCUGUGGACCCAAUCAACGAUAUUUUGGGCGAAGUGUCACGAAAUAGGGAUAUUUCUGAUAGACAAAGUCUUGUUCCAACGGAAUUGACUAGUAGACCAAAAAACGAAGAAGCUGUAACCAGUAAUCAGAUAGUUAUCCGAGUCACUGACACAGACAGCGAUACAAGAGAAAAGUCAUUGGUUCGACAACCAAGCACUACAGAAUACCUCCCUGGGAUGUUGCACACCGAGUCGCCUAACAGUCUUUUACCACAAUAUCCAUCUUGGUCACUAGUUUGUUUAGGCUCAUCGUGUUUGUACUCUCAUAAUAUUGGGCUUCAAGAAACACAACACCCUGGAUUUUUAAACUCGACAGCUUAUCUUCUACCUUGGGAUGUAACUGUUAGACUAGAACACCAUCCCAGAGAUCGUUAUUGGAAUACUGAUAAAAAUAAAAUUAAUUCAUCGCCUAUUCAACGAGGUCGUAAAGUCAAAGGUUCAAGAGAAUUUUCUGUUAAAAUAUUCAUUGGGGUAGAAUAUGAAUGCCCAAGAGGUCAUCGGUUUAUGUGCUCAGCUCCUGAUAAAAUAUUGACUACAGCCAGUAAUGGUAUAGUUAAAGAAAAUGGAAAUAAAGUAUCAAAUUCAGACAUGCCAUUAUACUUUCCAUGUCCGUGCAGUAGUUCGGCUCCCUUAAUGGCUCAACUCAUGAGAAUUCACAUAGUUACUCCUAAAGCUCCAGUGCACGUGACUUUAAAUCCUAUGGUACAACCAGACGAGAAUGGGCCGAUAUUUGUUACAGGAUUUGACAAGCCAGUUGAGCUUACACAAAGCACUUACUGGGUUCUCCGAUUGCCUUACAUUUAUGCUGGUGACCGUGGACCAUAUGUUCCACCUAAAGAUCCUUCACAAAAAGUUGGAAAAUUACUUAAAGGAGUAUACAGUGUAGCAGAAGCAACAACAGACAACAACAAACUUAAUGUUUAAAUUAAAUUAUUUUAUUUUAUUUUUUAAUUACAAAUAUUUAUGUAAUAUUUGGCAGAUAUAAUGGAAGGAAUAUAUUCGUUACAAUAUUUGGCACACAUCAUAAAAAAAAACAAAUUAUAUAAUAUAUAAAUUGGUAGUAAAAUUAACUUAAAUGUAAGCUUAAGGUUCACAUUGUGCAUGACUAUAUUUUUAUUUGUACAAAGUUAAAUUUGAUCUAUAUUAAAAAUUAAUAUUAGUGGUUUCCUGUACUUUAACAUAAUAUAAACAAAUGUAUAUAAAUAUAAAUUUUGAUAGGUAUUUAAAUUUUCAUUGACAAGGCAUUUAAAAACAAAAUUGAAUUUAUAUUCUUAUGUACUCUUAGAAAUAUCAGUAAUGCAAUCACAAGUAGAACUUUUAGACAGACGAGGUUCUUUGUAUACUAAGCGUAAAUGCUUUGACAGUAAAUCAGCAUUGGCACUUUCCAACAUAAUCACUUUCUUUUGUAACACACUAAGAUGUCUUGCCAUAUUACGUAAUUCUUUUUCUGCCAUCGCAAAUCUGUACAAAAUAGUUGGUAAUUAAAUACAAAUUUUUUAAGUAUUUUAUAUGCAAUAUAUUUUACCGGAAAUCAAUAUUACGCUUUUCAUCUUGCAGUAGUCUGUAAUCUGUUUCCACUUGCUUGCGAAAUUCUUCUUCAGUUUUAAGCCUAUGGUUCUGUAUGUUUAUUUGUGUUUUAAGAGAUGACAUUUGACAUUGACUAGCUUCCAAAUUACCUCUAUUGCAAUUAAAUCAAAAACUAAUAUAAAACAAUUUUAAGUAAAAAUGUUUUGAAUUUAUAAGACAGUUGCCAUCUGGGGCUCCCAAGACCUUAAUAAAAUAUGUAUUUAGGUAAUUACAACUUAAAAAUAGUCUAAAAUGUUAAGCCUGUUUACCAGCCUAAUAUAAACAAAAUCAACGGGCCCAAUCUAUCCUUUCGACUGACUUUGCACAUUUUUUAGAACAAAUAAUUUAUUAUUGGUGGUCAAUGUGGGUCCAUAGGUGGCAACUUUAUUCAUUUUAAUUUACAUGAAUACCAAAUGUAAUUAAUAUUCAAUUUUAGUAUAUUUACCUUAAAGCUUCUAUUUGCAUUUUUCUUUUGGAUUUAUAAUGUAAAUGUUUGAGUGCGAGAUUAUUAUAUUUUUCUCCAAGAGAAGACAUUAAUGCUUUUUGCAUUUCGUAAUCGGCCUAUAAAGGCAAAUUUAAUUUUAAACAGAUGAAUUAAAUUGGCUUUAUAGUUUCCCAUUGUAUUAACAUGUAAAUUGUAA